CCAGGCCCGCCCCGACACCCCUCUUGUUGUGUUGACUUUUGAAUGAGGGGCUGUCUUUCCUCAUUUUGCCAACCCACUCCCAACUUCACCUGGACUAAGGAAACAAAAUCAUCUUUUGCUUCCCACUCUUCCAUUUACCCCCCUCUCGCACACUGCAGAACAUACCGCUAAUAGCCCUGGUCUAAACAUCGUCAUCCACAAACACCCAGAUAUCUUCGCUUAGAACCAUCAACAUGUCUGCUGCCGAAGCUACCGAGCCCAAGGUCGAGGAGACCAAGCCCGCCGAGACCACCGGCGAGGCCGAGAAGCCUGUGACCUCCUCCGCCGUUUUCUCCAUGUUCGGAGGCGGCGCCAAGAAGGAGAAGAAGGAAGACGAGGAGCGUGGCGACAACUCUGGCAGUGCCAAGGCCCAGCGCGAAGCUGCCGCCGCCGAGAAGAAGGAGGGCGGCGAGGCCGACGAAGAAGCCCCCGAAUCCGAGGACGUCCACUUCGAGCCCGUCAUCAAGCUGACGGAGAAGGUUGACGUCCAGACCAACGAGGAAGCUGAGGAGCAGCUCUUCAAGAUGCGCGCCAAGCUGUUCAAGUUCGUUAAGGAGACGACUGAGUGGAAGGAGCGUGGCACCGGUGACGUCCGUCUGCUGAAGCACAAGGAAAACGGCAAGACCCGUCUCGUCAUGCGUCGUGACAAGACCCUCAAGGUCUGCGCCAACCACUACAUCGUCCCCGAGAUGAAGCUUUCCCCCAAUGUCGGUUCUGACCGCAGCUGGGUGUGGAACGCCGCCGCCGAUGUCAGUGAGGGUGAGGCCGAGGCCGUUACCCUGGCCAUUCGCUUUGCCAACUCCGAGAACGCCAACCUUUUCAAGGAUGCUUUCCUCAAGGCUCAGAAGGACAACGAGGAGCUCUUCAAGGCUGCUGAGAGUGCAUCUGCCCCGGCUGUGGAGUAAAUGUGCUCCCGAAUCUCCCAUGCCAGCGAGAUGAUGAGGAUGGAAAACCCCAUCAUCGCGCUGGGCUUACCAUAAGAAGAAUUCCCCCAACCCCCCAACCCCCCCUGCAACAACACCGAAACUAGCACCCACUAUCAAACUUGUUUGUACACCCCCUUGGUACGAGGCAGGAUGGAAUCGCUUCGGUGAGGAGAAGCUGGAGAGUGCAAACCAAAAAAAAGACUUGCACCGAGUGGUGUUUGUUUUCUAGCAUUUGAUAAGUGGAUGGAUAGGCAUCAAGGCUCAGGAACAAGACACUCUACACAGCACAAAUCAACAAGAAUAAAGUCCCUUCCCAUUUGAUUAGACGCUCUUCCCAAGGGGAGGGAGACAGGCAGAAGAAUCCUACCAUACCCUUUGGCUCCC